AUGUCAGGAAGUACAUACCAGGAGGUGAUCGGAAAGGUCGCCAUCAAUCUCAAGUCGCACGAACCCAGAAUACGCGAUAUCCCAGAGGACCCGUGGACGACAUCCGCCCCCCCUUCUAGGAAGCUUGGACGUGACGACUACACAACAGGGCCUGACCUCUUAGCCUCUCUAGGUUAUGGGCCCGGAAGCUAUAUUCAACCUUCCUCUUUUUCAUCCUCCAAUCGCCUCUCUCGACGAUACACCAGCCGACCAGGCCACCCACGUGUAGAGUUUUCACACUCGCCAGGCGCUAUCAGCAAAGAAAGUGCACCCCUCUCUCUCGAUGGUCACUAUCUCUCAGCAUCUCUCCUUCGAUGCACACUAUCUCAGUGCCUAUUCAUCAACGCACUCAUUAACAAUAAGCUACCUACGGGGUCAACCUUCUUCCCUGAAUUCAACGCGGGCAUCUCCACAAUCCACACUCCGCUUUCAUACUCUGUCAACAUGUGUUCCAACAGCAGCAGCUUCGCAGUGCCCAAGCUCUCAGAGCUCGUCCCCAUUCUUACUGGCCAAACCAACUUUGCCUCGUGGUCCACCGCACCCAAGUGCGUUCUCGACGCCCGGGAUCCUCAUCUUUCUGAGAUCCUCACCGGCACUCAGGCUCAGGCAGCUGCCAAGAAUCCUCGUAGUGGACUCGAACAUCUUGCCACCUUCUCUUGUCUGUUUAUCGGUAGUGGAAGUGCCAUUGCUACCGCGGGCCCUGUCGGCGCCCUGAUUGCAUUCACCUUUAUUGGAUCAAUCGUGUAUUCAGUCAUGAUAGCCUUGGGUGAGGUGGCCACCUACCUACCAAUCGCAGGAGCGUUUGCCACAUAUGCAACGCGCCUGGUAGAUCCCAGCCUAGGCUUUGCAAUGGGUUGGAUCUACUGGUUUUCAUGGGCCUCGACAUUUGCCCUUGAGUUGACUGCCACUGGCCUGAUCAUUCAAUAUUGGGAUGGCACGAUCCCAAUGGCAAUAUUCAUUGCUGUUUUUUGGGUUGUUAUCAUAAUCUUGAACAUGUUUCCUGUGAGCUGCUAUGGUGAAGUCGAAUUCUGGCUUUCGAGUAUCAAAAUCAUCACCGUGGUCGGGUUUAUGAUAUUCGCCAUUUGCGUCAAUGCUGGCGUUGGCAGGGAGGGCUAUCUGGGUUUCAGAUACUGGGUGCAUCCAGGCCCAUUCCGCGCUUAUCUGAUCGAAGAUUCUGGUCAAGACGCUCUGGCCAAAUUCGUCGGAUUCUGGGCCAUUUUGAUCAAAGCCGGGUUCUCAUACCAAGGUACCGAGCUGGUCGGUAUUGCAGCGGGUGAAACGGAAGACCCUCGCAAAAACAUCCCCUCUGCAAUUCGAAAGACCUUCUUUCGGAUCGUGUUUUUCUUUGUUUUUACGAUUUUCUUCGUCGGCAUCGUCGUGCCAUCCGACGAUAAACGCCUUACCUCCGAUGACAGCGGUACAAAUGCGGAUGCAUCCCCCUUCGUCAUUGCUGCGAAACGUGCUGGUGUCAACGUCUUGCCCAGUAUCAUCAACGCAGUCCUGCUUACUGUGGUCCUUUCCGCUGCCAAUUCAAACGUCUACAGCGGCAGUCGGAUCCUAGUCGGUUUGGCUCAUGAGGGUUUCGCUCCUCGGCUUUUCUUGAAGACAACCAAACACGGCGUGCCCUAUGCAAGUGUUGGGUUUACGGCUCUUUUUGGCCUGUUGGGCUUCCUUAAUGUCUCAAAUGCUGGAGCCACGGUCUUUAACUGGUUGAUGCAGAUUGCUGGCUUGGCAGGUUUUAUUACCUGGGCAUCUCUGAAUAUUUGCCAUCUAUCAUUUAUGAAAGCCUUAGCUGCGCAAGGCAUUUCACGUGACACUCUUCCAUAUAAGGCUCCUUGGCAGCCCUUUUUCUCGUGGUACGGCUUGUUCUUCAACUUGCUUAUCAUCAUCACCCAGGGCUUCACUGCUUUCAUUCCGAAGUUCAGUGUUACCGACUUCUUCAUCAACUACCUCAGUCUCAUAUUGUUUGCGGUGCUAUACAUUGGUCAUAAGGUUGUGUUCCGGCCGGGAUUUGUGAAGCCUGAAAAGGCGGACAUUGACACAGGUCGAUUUGAGGAAUGA